AUGGCUUUUCAACAAUGGAGCAUUUCAAAUAAUAACUUCACCUAUAAGAUCCCUAGCCACCGGGCAGAUGUAGAAGAGCUUAAGAUUCCAAGGUUUAAAUUUGGUUUUGACUUUGAAGCAUCGGAAGCUCUGAAAGGGUUGGGGUUGAAUCUACCAUUGGAGACUAUCAUCCACAAGUCUUGCAUUGAGGUUGAUGAAGUGGGAUCCAAAGCUGCAGCAGCUGCAGCUGUGAUCGGCAUCGGCGCUUGUGGUCUUGCGGAGAAGAAGUAUGACUUCGUGGCUGAUCAUCCUUUUCUCUUCCUUGUUAAAGAAUGGAGAAGUGGAGUGGUUCUGUUCCUUGGCCAAGUUCUUGAUCCUUCCAUGCAUUAA